AUGAAUAAGUGGUCGGCGCUGCAUAUGCGCGUUGUCAGAAAGCGAAUUCCCUCCUUUGACUUGGUUUUGACAACUUCUGAACUGCUACAACUUUUACUGCUGAUACUUCUCCAAGUUUUCGCAAAUAGUUUUUCCGUGUCCCAUAACUCCAAGCCCCAAAUGGACUUUAUUGGCACAUGUGUGAUUGUUUGGAAACCCAUCUGCGCCUCCCAGCUGCAUAGUUUGAGGAACUGUUAUUCGUGUGACUGUUUCGAAGGUGAUACUGACUUUCCUAGCACUGGAGACGAUUUAUUAUUACGAGAACACGAAAUCAGGAUAAGACUAUAUCAACAUCUGCGGGGUAUUGAGACAAUGCCCUUCAAGCAGGUAAUCAUCAACGUUCACACUUUGAGUUCAUUAGAACUUGGUGGAUGCUAA